ACUAAAUAGACUUCUCAAAACAAAAUGAAAUUAUAAAUACACACACUAAUUAAGAAGAUUAGAUGAAGUCAAAAUUUUUUUCCAAAAUUACUUUUUCAUGUACCCAGUUGUCUAUUGUUUGUUGAAAAGACUUCUUUCCUUUUGAAUUGUUUGGCGCUCUUUUUUUCUUUUUUGUUUUUUUGAGACAGGGUUUUUCUGUGUAACCCUAGCUGUCCUGGAACUCACUCUGUAGACCAGGCUGGUCUCAAACCCACAGAGAUCUGCCUGCCUGUGCCUCCUGGGUGCUGGGAUUAAAGACGUGCACCACCACCACCUCCUGGCUUGGUGCUCUUUUUGAAAAUAAAUUAAUCCAGCUCUCUGGAGACUGAGGUAGGAGGCUGCUUAAAGCUAGCUUGAACUAAAUCAUGAUUUCCUGUCUUGGGGAAAAUAAAAAAACAAAACACAAAACAAGACAAAGUAAAAAAAAAAAAAAUCAAGACAGGAUCAUUCUAUGUAGUCCUGUCUGUCCUGGAAUUUGCUAUGUAGACCAGGCUGGCUUCAAACUCACAGAGAUUCUCCUGGCUCAGCCUCAUGAGUGCUGGGGUUAAAGGUGUGCACCACCAACUUCAAAGAAAAAAUGAUUAAACCAUAAAUUCAGAAACCUUAGUUCUAUCCCCUUCAUCUUUUUGUGAACAAACUUUUAAUUACUAUGGAUAUGAAGAAAUUUUGAAAACCUGGAAAUGUAAGUCUUCCAAAUUUAGUCUUUUUUGUUGUUGUUGUUAUUGUUGUUGUUCUUUUAGCUUUUCGAGACAGGGUUUCUCUGUGUUGCUUUGGAGCCUGUCCUGGAACUCACUCUGUAGACCUGGCUUGCCUCUGGCCUUGAACUCACAGAGAUCUGCCUGUCUAUGCCUCCCAAGUGCUGGAAUUAAAGGCGUGCACUACCAUCACCUGCCUCAAAUUUAGUCUUUUAUGAUAGUUUGACUUUGGGGAGGAGGUCUGAACAUCCACAUGAAUUAUAGAAUCAGUCUGUCUUCCAGACUUGAGAUCUUCCUGCCUCUGCCUCUGCCUCCCAGAGGGCUGGGAUUAAAGGUGUGUGCCAACUGCCGACUUGCUCGUAGUUUUCUACAGGGAAGCUAGCUGGGUUUCUAACAGGGAUUGCUCCUAAUCUGCAGACCGAGGCUGAGGUGAAGGCCUCUGGAGGUAUAGUGCUUUAGGCAAACGCUGUACCAUGAACUGUACCCCAGUCCACAGCUUUAAGACUGUUACCAUGAAUAUGUUUCCCUUUUAUUUAGGCCUUUAGUUAUUUGUCUAUGCUGUGUUAGCAGGCCUCUGCAACCACCAGGACAUACAAAGGGUUGGUCUGUGAGGAGCAAGAAGGAAAUCCAGUUCGACGUGACUCAGUAGCCGGUAUUGGUUCAAACUUCUAGAGUCUGACACUGGGCAGUUUAUUGUAGGCGUAGUUAAGUACAGUACAGUUUGAGAAAAGGUUUCCUGCUGUAACAAUCCCCUGUGUACAAUGAAGCAUAAUUAGAUCAAAACUCUUCUCAGUUCUAGAGAUAGGCUACUUGUGUUAUCAGAUCUGGUCUCCAUCUCAUCAUACAGACACAUAGAGGUCAUCAUCCGGGCUAUUAGCCACCUCUGGUUCUGGUUGUGGGAGCUUGGGGUAUCCAGGUAUGGUCUGGCUGUAUAGAUAGCACAGGGGUCACCUAGGCUAUUAGCUACCUCCUGUACCAACGUUCUGAGCUGAAGUUCUACGUCUCUUUUCUUUGGUAGGACAGCCCCGUGUGUUUAACAUUCUGGUUUCUCUAGUGCUGUUUAUGACAACCAAGGACAUUUAUGUUCCCAGAAUAUGUAUUGUUUUGGUAGAAGGGAUCAAAGCAGGGCCUAUCACAUGCCAGGGAGGUGCUCUACCAUCGUGAAGUGUUACAUUUCUUAUUCCUUUUCUCUCCCCCUUUUUUUUCUUCCUUUUUUUUGAGACAGGAUAUAUGUCCCUGACUGUCCUGGAUCUAUCUCUCUGUGUAGACUAGGUUGUCUCGAACUCACAGAGAUCUUCUGCCUCCUGAGUUCUGGGUUUAAAGGCGUGCACCAUCAUCAUGCCCAGUAUUUCUUCCUAGUUUUUUUUUUGUUUUUGGUUUUUCGAGACAGGGUUUCUCUGUAGCUUUGGUGCCUGUCCCGGAACUAGCUCUUGUAGACCAGGCUGGCCUUGAACUCCCAGAGAUCCACCUGCCUCUGCCUCCCGAGUGCUGGGAUUAAAGGCGUGCGCCACCACCGCCUGGCUUCCUAUUUUUUUUUUUAAAUAAUUUUUUGAGAUUUACUUUAUGCGUAUGGGUUUAUUUAUUUUAUAUGUAUUGUUUUGUCUAAAUCUAUAUCUGUUCUACAUGUGGACAAUGCCAAAAGAAGUAGAACUCCCAGGAAGUGGAGUUACAGGCAGCCAUGCAGGUGCUGGGAAUCAAACUCAGGUGCUCUGGAAGAGCAGUCAGUCCUCUUAACUCUAUCUCCUUCUUCCUUCAUUUUGAGACAAGAUCUGAAUAUGUGGCCCAGGCUGACCUCACAUUUGUGAACCUCUUGCCUCAGUCCUCCUUGGCUAGAAUUACAGGGAUAUACCACCAUGUCCAACCCAGCAACUAAGACAUAAAGUUUUCAUUCACUAAAAAAUCAUGGUUGAGGGGAGUGUGCCAUGGCACAUAUGUGGUGGUCAGAGGACAACUUUAUGGAAUUUCUUCUUUCACCUUUAUGUAGGUUCUGGGGCUUGAACUGAGGUUGUCAGACUUGUAAGGCAAGCACUUUUACCUGCUGAGUCAUCUUUUAGGUCCCCCCCUUUUUUUUUUGGAGCAGGAGCAAGGGUCUUAUGUUACUCAUGUUGGCCUUGAAUUCAUAUGUAGCCAAGGAUAGCCUUGAACUCCUUAUUCUCUUGCCUCUGCCUCCCAAGUGCAGGGAUUCUAGGUGACACUCACUGUGUCUAGCUCCAUACACUCCCUACUCCUUACUUUUUUGACAGCAUUGCCAGGUAUGAACUUCACCCUGUUUCAAAAUCAAGUUUUCCUAGGGACAGCCUUAGGACUCUAUUUUACAGCCUACCUCAACCCUGGGUAAUUUCUCUAAGCUGUGCUGUGGACAAUGGCGCACUUCCUCCUGGCUGGCCCUGCUGCCUAAAAAGCAGGGUGCUGGGACAGGACGGAGGUCUCUGGCAUUUUCUGCUUGCCUCUUCCUAUGAAUGUGCUGGAGCUUGGACCAUGGGCUUCUCAGCCUGCUAGGCUUGAAAGUAGAACCUCCCUGUCAUCUGUCAGUAGGACUGGAGAGAAGAAAGCCCCUGGUUAGUCUGUCACCCAACAGAUAUCCAGCCUGUGCACUGUGGAGUAGAUGGGAGAUGAGGAAGGCUGACACCUGCUCUUCUAGGCAGACACUAACUUUGACAGGGAGCUGCGGCAGCAAGAGCUUCACUGGGCAUGUGCCCACAGCGCUGGAGACUUGCAGGUACUUGUGGUCCACACGACCUUCAUGUGGAAAGUAGAACGUGUGUGUGGCAAAGAAGUGGCUCUCUUGUGGGCCACAGAAUCAAGCACUGUUUGAGUGUGGACACAUUGCUCUGUGCUUUGAUCCUCUAGUAUUGACCAUGUCCAUGCCCACUGAAGGCACCCCACCGCCCCUAAGUGGUACCCCCAUCCCAGUUCCAGCCUACUUCCGACAUGCAGAACCUGGUUUCUCCCUCAAAAGACCUGGGGGCCUCAGCCGGAGCCUUCCACCUCGGCCCCCUGCCAAGGGCAGCAUCCCUAUCAGCCGUCUCUUCCCUCCACGGACCCCAGGCUGGCACCAGCCCCAGCCCCGGAGGGUGUCAUUCCUGAGUGAGACCUCAGAGACCCUUCAGAGUCCUGGGUAUGACCCACGCCGGCCAGAGUCCUUCUUUCAGCAGAACUUCCAGAGGCUUAGCCGCCUAGGUCGUGGCUCCUAUGGAGAGGUCUUCAAGGUGCGCUCCAAGGAAGAUGGCCGACUUUAUGCUGUUAAACGCUCCUUGUCUCCAUUCCGAGGCCCCAAAGACCGAACUCGCAAGCUGGCUGAGGUAGGCGGCCAUGAGAAGGUGGGGCAGCACCCACACUGUGUGAGACUGGAACAGGCCUGGGAGGAGGGCGGCAUCUUAUACCUACAGACGGAGCUCUGUGGGCCCAGCCUGCAGCAACACUGUGAAGCCUGGGGAGCCAGCCUGCCAGAAGCCCAGGUUUGGGGCUACUUGCGGGACACUCUUCUGGCUCUGGACCAUCUCCAUAGUCAAGGCCUAGUUCACCUUGAUGUCAAGCCUGCCAACAUCUUCUUGGGGCCUCGGGGCCGCUGCAAGCUGGGUGACUUUGGACUACUGGUGGAUCUGGGUUCAACUGGCGCUGGUGAGGCCCAGGAGGGAGACCCGCGCUACAUGGCCCCAGAACUGCUGCAGGGCUCCUACGGGACAGCCGCAGAUGUGUUCAGCCUGGGUCUCACCAUCUUGGAAGUGGCCUGCAACAUGGAACUACCCCAUAGUGGGGAGGGCUGGCAGCAGCUGCGCCAGGGAUACUUGCCCCCUGAGUUCACUGCUGGUCUGUCUUCUGAGCUUCGUUCUGUCCUCACCAUGAUGUUGGAGCCUAACCCCCAGCUGCGAGCCACAGCUGAGGCCCUGCUGGCCCUGCCCAUGCUGAGGCAGCCACGUCCCUGGAAUGUUCUGUGGUAUAUGGCUGUAGAAGCCCUAAGUCGAGGUUGGGCCCUGUUACAGGCACUGAUCACUCUGCUCUGCUGGUUUUGGCAUGGUCUGGCUCAUCCCGCCAGCUGGCUGCAGCCUCCAGGCCCACCGGCCACACCGCCUGGCUCUCCACCUUGCAGCCCACUCCUGGACAGCAGCAUCUCCAGCUGGGAUGAUGGCAGCACAGGUCCCUCACUCUCCCCAGAGACCAUCCUGUCCCGGAUCACGAGGAGAACCUCUACCCCUCGAGGCAGGUACAAACCAAGGGAUGCCCUAGACCUAACUGACAUGGACUCAGAGCCUCCUAGAGGUCCCUGUCCUACCUUUGAGCCACGGAACCUCCUCAGCCUGUUUGAGGACUCACUAGACCCAGCCUGAGCCACAGGCCCAGCCUUGGUGCUUUUAAAUCUCUG